AUAUAUUUGGUUAGUGUUCCAAAAUCCGGCGUGUAAGCUGUGCGCUCGUUCAAUCCAUGCGCUAGCGGCUAGCCAAUGUGCGUUACGUAAUUUAAAAAAAAUAUAUAUAUAAAUUAAAUGUGCAUUUAUUAUUAUUAGUUAUCCGUUUUCUUGGUACUGGAUGUCAUAACAGCUAAGGAUGGAUAAGCCGACGAUGCACAUGCUCUCCGUCCAGGAGAAGGGCGGAGAAACUCGAAAACUAAACCAGUACAUAGCCGCAGUAGCAGCUUCUAUCGGCGCAGUGGCCGCUGGUACGAUCUUGGCGUGGUCAUCACCAGCCCUCCCACAGCUCCAACCGCCGAAGAAUACUACCACGAAUUUAACAGAGAUCGACAUAUUCUUUCUCAAUGAAACAUCGAAAGCCAAUGUCUCUGACGUAUUGAUCAACGCUUUGGGCCAACCAGCCGAUUUUUUGUUGAACACCAAAGAUAGUUCAUUAGUGUCGUCUAUCCUUGCAAUUGGGGCAGCGAUCAGCGCUUUACCCGUCGGUUUUUCUGCCGAGCGCUUCGGAAGACGACCCACGAUUCUGAUGCUGUCUCUGCCGUUUCUGAUCAACUGGUUGCUCACAAUAUUCGCUAAUGGAUCGGGGAUGCUUAUUGCUGCUAGAUUUUUUGCUGGUUUGGGAACAGGUGGUAUAUGCGUGUGCGCGCCCAUGUACAUAGGGGAGGUAGCGGAGACGUCUAUCCGCGGCUCGCUUGGCUCUUUUUUCCAGCUCUUCCUGACUGUAGGAAUCCUCUUCACCUUCGUGGUCGGCGGUUGGACCCAUUGGAGGACGCUCUCCAUUAUAUCUGCUGUGUUUCCUGUCUUACUGAUCGCCGUUUUCUGGUGGAUGCCGGAGACGCCGCAGUACCUUCUAGGUAAAAACCGUCGUCGCGACGCCGAGAGGUCUCUCCGCUGGCUCAGAGGACCCCUGGCCGACCUCAGCGGAGAACUGGAAGAGAUGCAGAAAGAUGUCGACACAGCCUCCCGUCAAAGCGCCGGCAUCCUCUCCAUGGUGACGCAGCGAGCUCCUCUGAUGGCGCUGAUCUGUUCAUUGGGCCUCAUGUUCUUCCAGCAGUUCAGCGGAAUCAACGCCGUCAUCUUCUACACCAACAACAUCUUCCAGUCCGCCGGCUCCAACAUCCCGCCGGUCAUAGCCACCAUCAUCGUCGGCGUGGUGCAGACCAUAGCUACUUACAUUUCGUCAUUGCUUAUAGAAAAAGCCGGCAGGAGGAUCCUCUUGCUCCAGAGUUGUAUCAUUAUGGGCAUCUGUUUGAUCGUGUUGGGCACAUACUUCAAGUUGCAGGAGAGCGGCGCCAAUGUUGGCACGUUUGGUUGGCUGCCAUUGGUCUGCUUGGUCCUGUUCAUCGUUUCCUUUUCAUUGGGCUUCGGUCCGAUACCCUGGAUGAUGAUGUCCGAGCUGUUCGCUAUCGAGUUCCGAGGAACAGCUACGGGUAUAGCCGUUAUAACCAACUGGUGUCUAGUCUUCAUAGUGACGCUGUGCUUCCCGUUGCUGAAGGACAUGAUAGGUAUUUACAGCUGCUUCUGGGUCUUCAGCGGCUUCAUGAUAGUUUGCGUGUUCUUCGUUUUCUUCCUGAUACCAGAGACCAAAGGGAAGACCGUCUCUCAGAUUCAAACCAUACUUGGCGGGAAACGCGCGUAAUCAAUACUCACACAAUAAUACUUCUAUGAGAUUUUUUUUUAAACGAUGUAGAUAUUUUAUUUUAUUAUGUAUUUUAAAUAAAAUAGAUGUGUUCAGAUAUUUUAAUGGUGACAUAUAUAAUUAUUACGAAACUUUAAGUGUGUAGGUUUAGCGUAACGUCCGGAUUGUGUCUAACAAUCAUUGUUACUAACAUUGAACAAACUAUACGUACUUAUUUAGGUUUAAGCGUGAAUUGAGAAUGCCAAAUAUUUAUUUUAGAAUUAACAUUUAAUAUCCGCGAUGACAAAUAUUUGAUGUAGAAUUAUUAAGUAUAUACAUUUUUAUUAUACAAUACUAUUUAAAACCAAGUUUAUAUAUAUGGAAUAUUUAAUUUAUACACUGUCUGUCUGUCUGUUGAUGUUUUUAGAUGUAUAAUGUAUUUUAAUGUUUUCUCCAGCGACAAUAUUUUUUAUUAUUAUGAUUUGGAGAAUGUUGGAAUUAAAUUUAUUUAAACAAAAUUA